AAUUUUCAUCAUCUCGGCGCCUCCCGCUCGAUUCUUUCUCUCACUCUUCUCAGCUCCACUACCAUGUACUGUUCAAAUCUCGCCAGAAGCCCAGCAAUCCCUCUAUUUUCUAGGGUUUCCAUCCGACCCAAAUGCUCAAAAGGUAACGGAUUCGAUCCCUCAUCUCUCGCCAUUCAAUUUCAUCCAAAAACCCUAAGAAAUGAUGCCGUAUCAAGACCCAAAAUCUCAACUUUUAGUUUCAACCCUAAACCUAGAAAUUUCUCAACUGGGUUUCUUCAAAAAACCCUAGAAAUCAGCAGUAGUAGAUUGAAAUUCAAGAAUUUCUCGAUGGGAAAUAGGGGUUUCUCUACUGCAGAGAGUAGUGUUAGAGAUAAGGGAAGAAAGCGGCUUCCUUGGAUAGCAGGGUACAAAGACAAAGAAGGGAGGAGGGAAGAGAAGAGGGGUGCUGUUAAGACCAGUCGCUCUUCAUGGGUCGAUUCGGCAGAGAAUUAUCUUUCGAGAAAUGGGGGAGAUUCAUUGAAUGAGAGAACAGAAAUUAAAGAUAAAAACGAGAGAUCUUCAUCUAUACCCAGUAAUGGCCGAAACAGGGAGGCGAGAGUAAGAAGAAGAGACCUUUAUGAAGAAAAACCGAUGGAGGAACUGCAGGAUGCUGAGCCAAUUGAUGAUCCGAGAUGGGAUGGAAUUAGGAGAAAAUACAAAGGCUCUGUCGAUAGAGAGCCAAGAUUCGAGAAACCUGAGGUUCGGAAUUGGAGUAAGCAGGAGAACUGGGGUAGAAAUGUUUGGAAAGAAGCAAAGGAAUCGUCAAUACCGAAAAUGGUAGGGCAAGCUGUUUAUGGUGUCGGGCCGGUUUUAGCAGCAUUGACGGUGGAAAGAAGAGAAUUUUAUGCUUUGUAUGUUCAAGAAGGAUUGGACUUGAGUGGAAACAAUAGGAAGAAGAAAGACAAGAAAGCAGUGGAGAAGGUGUUAAAGUUAGCAGAAAAGCUAGGGUUGAAGGUUAUUGAAACCUCAAAGCAUGAUCUCAACAUGAUAGUAGAUAGUAGGCCUCACCAAGGUCUGGUGCUCGAUGCUUCAUCAUUAGAGCUGGUAAAUGUUAAGGAACUAGAGCCUGUAUCUGUGGAGGGUCGAAAAGCUCCAGUUUGGGUGGCCCUAGAUGAAGUUACAGAUCCUCAAAAUUUGGGUGCAAUUGUUAGGUCAUCGUACUUUUUUGGAGUAGAUGGGGUUGUUUUAUGUGCAAAGAACUCCGCUCCUUUGAGUGGAGUUGUAAGCAAAGCCAGUGCGGGCUCUCUUGAAUUGAUCGAGCUGAGGUCUUGUAAAAACAUGAUGCAGUUCUUAUCGUCAUCAAUUGAGAAUGGGUGGCGGGUUCUUGGAGGGUCUGUUUCUUCUAAAGCUCGUCCCUUAUGUGAAGUUGAAGAUAGGGUGCCUACAAUUCUUGUGUUGGGCAGUGAAGGAAGCGGGUUGAGGCCUCUAGUGGAGAGAUCUUGUACUGAAUUAGUUAGAAUCCCCGGGAGUGUAUCUAUGGAUGAAAGUGCAGGGGAUAAUGAAUUUGAAAUGGAGGAAACAGAUCAGAGCGGUAAGGGACAAGAGAUGAAGUCUUUCCUUGCUGUUGAGAGCUUAAAUGUUAGUGUGGCUGCUGGUGUGUUGCUUUACCAUUUGGUUGGGAAUAAUAGCCGUACCGGUGCCGUGUAGUCAAGUGCUGCUCCACAGUGAGAUAUGUUGUCAAUUUUAUUAUUUUAACAAUUUUGGACCAUUUCUUUAAUCUAAUUUUCAUCUUUUUUUUCUAUAGUUCUUUGUUUUCUUAAGCUCAUAGGUCCUUUGUUGUAAUGUAUAUCAUGCUCUGAUAUUAGAUAAAUCAAGGUUACGAGGAGUUAUUUUUAUA